AUGGGGUCAGACAAGCUUCCUCCUCGGCCGGCCUACGUGGUCGACCUUGACGAGGAUGGGAAACGGGUUGCAGGCAGUAGGCGAAGCGCCAAAACGAACACAAAAGAAAGACCCAAGGUUUCGCAGCGCGAGAGCGGACGAUCAGACAAGCCAAAAAAUAGGCGCUCUGCCAAUAUCGACUUCGAUGCUGCCCCAGAACGCGCAUUGGCUAGAUCGGGUUCGCGGAGAGAGGAAGUGAUCACGACAGAGAACAAGGAGCGUCGGAAGUCUUCCAUGAGUAACACUCACUCGCCGCAGAAGGAACGGCCUUCCUCGGCACACAAGAACUACAACGUUCCUAAAUUACAUAUCCCUUCAUAUCUGACGAAAGAAGACCCGACAUAUUUCGGCGUGCCAACCCCAUCGUCUGCGACAAGACACGUCCCUACUAUCUUGUCGCAACCUAAUAUGACCCAGCCAAUUCCCAUGCGACCACGACCGGUGUCAACACAGACAUAUCCACCAAGACCUAUUAAUUACAAUGCAACACAUACAUCGACCGGAGCAUAUGGACCUCCACUCUCCUCAUCUGCCUGGGCCAAUUAUCAGCCACCAGCUCAGUCAAUAAUCACGCCGUCAUACCCUCCUCCUGAUCCUCUUGGAUACAUGCGAUAUGCGGCUACACCUGCUCCUCAGAGCUCAGACUACUUUGGAUCUCAAGCCAUGUCGGCUCCCGAGCGGCCAAUGUCUGCUCGACCUCUGGCAUCAAGAUUCGACACGCCUUCUGGUAGGACUUCCAGUUACGGCAGUCGUGAUUUUCAUCAAUCGGAUAUCGAUGAUGCUUACAGCGCAAGCUACCACGAUGAUGGUUAUACGUCGGUCUCCGACGCUGUGGUCCAGAGAAGGGAAAGCAUACGUGUCCCAUCUGGGGUCGGACAGAGACUCAGCAAGCACGCGGCGGAUUAUCAAGCAAUGCCACCUCCACCUCGACCAAGCCUUCGACGACCUGUCACAGAUUACGCUCCUCUUCCAGAACCUUACGAAGGUAGGACACUUAUACGUGAUGAUUCACGAUCUCGCAAUCGGAGCUCGCAUAGAAACUCGGUUUCCUACCACGAUGGCCCCGGGGGGGUUCAGGUCGAAACGGCAAAUGCUAGCCGACGUCGGCAGAGCUAUUACGGCCAAAGUGCCACUCCAUCGACAGGCUCAAGUGAUUACGAAACUAAGAUACGCCAGGCUUCCACAUACCAGCAAGAUGUUGAGCAAGAUGUUGGCGAGACUAUACCCUUGACGGCAGAAGUUUUGAAGAGGCAGCAGCGAAGACAAGCAGGCAGCAGCAGGAGUACCAAGAGCAGUGCUAGCCGAGAUGAAAGUGACUGGAGAAAGUCGGCUACUACUCGGACUACGAGAAGCGGUAGUGGAGAGGGCGAGAACGUGACUAUCAAAGUCACGGGCACGGCUCGAGUGAUGGUCGGCGGGGCACAGAUUGAUUGCCCCGAUGGAGGAGAGAUUGAGAUCAAACAACAGCAGCAACAAAAGGCCCUCCGCAAUGGUAGUGAACGAUCGAACUCAGAGUACGGCGGUCCACGACGCAUCGAUGACCGACGUAUCGAUGACCGACGUAUCGAUGACCGACGUAACGAUGACCGGCGUAUCGAUGACCAUCGGAGCCGGGAUGAACGUCCAUCUGGACCGUCGAGAUUGAUAUCAGGAAACUCGCACUCCCGUUCGAAGCCACAACAAUACUACGGAGACGAAUGGUUUUGA